CCGAAAUCCAAAAUAGGUCUAGCGCUCUAUAUACUUAUCACAUCAAGUUGCCCGUCGGUCAUCCAAUUGAGCAUAGUCCAGUAUACAUAGUACCCAAUCAGCCAACGUGGCGGAGUUACCUUCAUAAUAGCAGAUAUGGCAGACACCUUUAAACAUAUGCUGUUAUCCUCAGCCCCCUCAAGGCUGUUUCGACGUUCUUAAGGGUGGAAUCCUAUCUGUCACCGAGCGGUUUCGUCGGGAAUUCUUCUAGUACAAGUCGUCGAAUAACUUAUACCGGCGACCCCCGAUUUUUAUUUUAUUUUAAUUCUUGGCUCCAUAUUCUAGGCUCUCUACAUAUCUCACCUACCUACCUACCUUACCUACCUUAUGUAACUCUUCUAUAGCUACCCAUUGUCUUAGUUAAAACUGUUUGCUCGGCUAGCAACUUGCAUCAUCGUAGUACGAAAACCCCACGGCAAACAAAAGUCUCAGCAUUAUCGUGCUUCCCGAAGCCCGCCCAAACCGCACGACUGAGGAGGAUUCGGCGUGCCGGGAACACCUAUUAAUAAAUAGAUGAGUGAUUAGGUUCAUGCGCUUCUCGAUUGCAAUCGCUCCAGACGAGAGGCAUCACCACCACCACCAUGGCCUCAGUCGCGUCCGCCUCCCCGUCUUCUAAGCACAGCUUCCCCCACAUGGAAUCUGGCGAUGAAUCCGACGGCUCGUGGCAGCGUGUAGAGUCUUACUCGGCCUCUGUUGGUUUUAUGCCCAGUCCCUCUAGCUCGAGUAUGCAAAGCUGGGGGGUCAUUGGGAUGAAUCCCAACCAGAUCCAAGCUUCACCCGUUGCCAUGUCCCCCCUCCAACUAGAACGACUAGAACAUGACCACUCCCGCGUGGUGCCUUCUAGUUCCUUUCCCGACCACGCGACGGAUGCCUCUGUAAUGGCGACUGCAGGCAUGCAAAGCCAAUUGCUGUCCAACUUUGGUGACCAGCAGCAGUUCAUGGCUAGUGAGCACGACUUGAUGUUUAACGAACCAUUUACGAAUAUAGAUAUGGCCCAAUAUUACUCUACAUUCCAGGGUAACAUGACUGCCAACAUGGCGGGGAUAGGUGGUUUCGAGAUGCCCACUCAGACGGCAGAGCUCAACAUCCCACCCCAGUUCCAGAACGACAACAACGUCCCUCCGUGGGCGCCUACAAACUUGAAGAACGAAGGGUUCUCGCCGGUGGCAGGUGACGAGGUCAUCAGCAUAACGUCCCAGUCCCCGGAGCAGCGAUCUCCAGCGCAUAGCUCUCUCCAAUCGAGCCCGAGAUCUCCGUACGUCAAGGCGGAACCCGGAAAGGGCGCAAGCCCUAUACGUAAAGUCAGGAGCGGCUACAAGGUCGAGAAGAGGAAGGCAGAGGCGUCAAGCAAAUUCGUCAUCAUGACGCCGAACCUCAUCCACCAACAGUCGGGGAAGCCGAAUCCUUUCGAAUGCUUCGAGGCUAUGCGAACUACUCAGAGAGGUAGGAAGGGGCCGUUGGCGCAUGAGACCAAGGAGAGCGCUCUGCAGGUUCGGAGAUUGGGGGCUUGUUUCUGCUGCCACAGUCGCAAAGUGAAGUGUGACAAAGAGCGGCCGUGUAAGAACUGCAAGAAGCUCACAGCACAAGUUCCACAGAUAAUGUGCUGGCAGUUCGGAGACUUCCUCCCGGUGCUAUUCCCAGAGUUUAUGCGAACGCACUUCAAGAAGGACCAGAUAGCGAGCUUCAUCAGCGAGAACGUGGAAAACUUCAAGCCCAACAACGCUGAAGUCACAUGCUCCGUCGAGCUCUUUUCCGGCUCCAACUUUGGUUCGACGCUCACCAUUCCCGCCAGCUUCUUCACGCCUAAAUCCGCCGAGAUCCUUCAGCACUGGCACGUGAGCAUGGGCAUAAACCAGAUGGAUCUGCAGUCGAGAGGUGCCGCCCCGAUUGGUAUCGACCCGGACAACUCGACACAGCGGGAGGAGUUGAAGAGACGGGCUCGCGAGUACAUCCAGAACCUCACAUCCGAGCCCAUGUACGCCCAGCAGGUAACGGAUGCUAUCCGGUCAACCCAAGUACCGCGGAAGGUUUUGUCGAUUGUGCAGCGCUUCGCGCAGCGUUCCGAGUCUUCACAGGUGGCGAUGGUGAAGCGCGCACUGAGUAUCUACGUCACACACUACGUGCUCACACGACAGCUCUGCCUCACCGAAGCUACGAUCGUCAGCUUGCGAGACACGAACAUGGUACCGCGAGGCAACCCGUGGCUAACGUCGCGGGUGCUGAACCGGCAGGUGAAGGCGGUGCUAGACGAGAUGCUGCUGAAGGAGAUGCAGUCGCUCUUCGACGGGUUCUCGAAGUCGCUGAAGCCCAAACUCCGGCGCGAGUGGGCGCCGUGUCUGGCCGCGUUCCUAGUCCUGUGUCUAUUCAUGGAGACGGUAGAGACGGCGGCCGACACCUUCGUCAUCUCGCAGAACGAGAUCUCGAUCCGCAACCGCUCCAAGCCCGAGUACCGCCGGGACUUUGCGCUCACACUCUGCCGCGACAUCGAUAACCUCCCCUUCAAGCAGUUCGCGUACCAAUUCCACCAGGUCUACCAGACCCAUACCCGGGACACCGGCGCCAAGGCCUUCAACCCCCUCGCCGACGCCAACUUUGCGCAGAUGGACGAACUCGACGGUCCGGCCGCCGAGAUGGUGGUCUCGCUAAAGGAGCUGCUCCAGGGCGACGGAUGGUCCGAGCUGGACUUCCUCGUCGCGGACCCCAUCCUGCCUAACCACGAGGGGCACCCGUUCCCGCGCGACGUGUCGCUGAACUACACGGGCCGCCUGGUAGCGCGGUUUCUGCUGUCUUUUACGGACGAGAAGUACCUCUUCGACGGCCAAUACUAGGGGCUGCGGUUAACUACCUAUCCUAUGUAACUGCUUUGCCUUGUAUGCUUCUGUGUAUGUAUAUAUUAGGUAUAUAUAUUCGCUGGCGAGUUGCUUAGGUAUUGUACGAUUUGGAACCGGAGCAACGGGAACGGUUGGGGGAAUCGUGUGUGUGUGUGUGUGUAGAGUAUAUACCCUGGGAUGACGACGACGCUACCUAUGUAUGAGAAAAUAUAGAUUUAUUUGUCUGAGCAAUACAACUAUGAGAUGUUAUGAAGUUUCGGUCGUGUUAUUAUUAUCUUUAUUAUAGAAGCAUAUUUCUCUGGAAUUACAAGCGUUGGGUUUACUUAUACUUUUCUAACCUAGGCGUUGACAAUUACACCUACAUGUUAGUCGUGAGACAAGUAAAUUUGAACCUCUACAUGUCUCCUUUUGCAGAUACACAGCAGUUACUUGUGCGUGUUUAGCAUUGUUAUAAUCCCGCUAGUGCUAAGUUGUCAUCUUCCUCUUGGCUAUCUAUCUAUUACGUUGAUAUUGCAAGUAUUCCCGUUCAUUGCGAUACUACAUUACUAGCCCCGGCUUGCUUGCUUAAAACUACAGCUAAUAUCUAAAGUUGUAAUAUGACCAUGCGUCAGGCGUAGCGCCAUGCGAAGCAACAAUUCGCCUACCGAACACA